GGUAGGAAAAAACAUGUAAACGCCAAAUGACGACAGGCCCUACAAGAAGCUGAAAGUGAUAACAAUUUGAUAGGAAGAAAGGGGAAAGCCUGGAAUUUAAAACUCCAAUUUAUGGUAGCAAGUGUAAGACCUGUCUUCACGCCUCCAUGCCAAGUAGCUCUUGUUGUCAAACAAGAUUCGAGCUCCUCCACCAAUUCCCCCACAGAAAGGACCGAAACAACUUACUUUUUUUCUGAAAACAUGGCAAUUUGCGAUUUAGCGGCAGCAGUGGUGGGCUGGAGCAGCUGGGGGAGUUAGAGUGAAUUUUUGUCCUGUUUGGAUUUCUUAAAUCACUACAGGCUUGCUGGAAUGACUAACAGAGACAAAAUCCAGCCCUUGUUGGAUCAACUGCAUCAGACACAUCAUACGGUUGAUCCUAAGAAAAAAAGAUUUCGCCGAUGUAAAAGUGCUCCUCUGGGCGAAUUUGCUCCUGUAGAAAUGAAUGAAAUAAAAAAUGACCAAUCACUUCCACGUUCUAAAUCGCUUUUGGAUAAACUCCACCCUAGUAUUAAGAAAGUUAUUAUUUACUUGGUUAUAUACUUGGGUAUUGGUACCAUUUGCUUUUAUUUGGUUAGAAACAAGAUCAAGGGAAAGAAAAUAGAUGGGGUUCUUGAUUCUGUUUACUUUUGUGUUGUGACAAUGACCACGGUUGGAUAUGGGGAUAUUGUGCCUGACAGUGCAACUACUAAACUACUCGCUUGUGUCUUGGUGUUCUCUGGGAUGGCACUUGUUGGAAUGAUUCUAAGCAAAGGAGCAGACUACUUAUUGGAGAAGCAAGAAACACUGUUAAUCAAAGCACUGCAUAUGCGUCAUAAAGUUGGUCCAAGUGAAAUAUUGGAGGAGAUUGAAACAAACAAAGUAAGGUACAAGUGCUUCACGGUAGCGGGCUUCCUUUUAGUGCUCGUAGUUGCUGGGACACUGUUCCUGGCUAGAGUUGAACGGCUAGAUACCUUAGAUGCCUUUUAUUGUGUCUGUUCUACCAUUACAACAUUAGGAUAUGGAGACAAAAGCUUUUCAACUAAAGCAGGGCGUAUAUUUGCUAUAUUUUGGAUUUUGUCAAGCACCAUUUGUUUGGGUCAGUUCUUCCUUUAUGUUGCUGAAUUUAACACGGAAAAGAGACAGAAGGAGCUAGUGAAGUGUGUUCUUUCAAGAAGGACGACAAAUGUUGAUUUGGAGGAAGCUGAUCUUGAUGAUGAUGGGGUUGUAGGGGCUGCUGAAUUUGUUAUCUAUAAACUUAAGGAGAUGGGGAAGAUCAACCAACAUGACAUUGCAGCUGUAUUGAAGGAGUUUGAAAGUCUUGAUGUUGAUCAAUCUGGAACUUUAUCAACCGCAGAUCUGAUACUUGCCCAAUCCUCUUGGACCAGGAAGGUGAUCGCCCCGCGACCUAAAUUAGUGUACUAAGCAAACUUCCCACCAAAGUCUAACAGCUUCAGUGAGAUUUCUGGGAUGAGUGUUUUCUUUUGAAACUUCCACUGUAUUACAUCAAAUUCAGAUACUACUUGCACAGAUUUAAAAACAUUAUAUAUUUCUGAGUGUCUGACAAAAGUGAUGCAGUAAAUCCUACUCAGUUUAGUACUAGAGUGAAAUUCACACUUCCCAGAAUCUCCAUCUAAUCUUCUCAAUUCCCUUUGUACACAUGUAAAUGCCUUGUACUUUACACAAUUUAGUUGGUUACUGUAUCCCAAAGAUAGAUCCUCCUUAAAGUUUGUAAAAAGUUAGCUAUAGUUCCUCCUUAUAGUUUGUAAAAUGUUUGCUGUAAUUUUUCCUUAAAGUUUGUUAACUUUUUUUCCUCUCGUGUAACGCGAAAGCCAUCUGAUUUCUACUGCA